AUGCCCCUCGGCGCGGAGCGCCGGGGACUUGCGGAGUGGGUUUGCUGGGUGACACUUUCACCUUCAACUAUACCUUACAGUUAUUUGGGAGUAUUUGGUAGCUUUCUUAAUUAUUUAGUGGAGAACCACCACAAAUGGGUAUGCUAUGGGUUCUGGGUAUCCUGGUUGAUUCAUAUAGUAGAAGCCUUCUACGGUGUUAAACUAUGCCAGACUAAAGGCAUCACUGACCCAGCAGUUCAGUUCCAGUGGUUCAUUCAGACACUUUUAUUUGGGUAUGCUUCCUUUGGUCUCCUGGUGUCUUACAAGCCUCCACUCAAGAAGUACUACUAGAAGAACUGGAGAAGUCUCUUACAUUCUUCACAUACCUUUUUGUUAGAAAAUAACCUCACUUACAUGUCUAGGU